AUGUUCAUCAAACAGGUGAACAUCUCCGGUUUCCGGAGUUACCGAGAAAACACCACAAUCGACAGCUUCUCCCCGAAGCACAAUGUCAUCGUGGGCCGCAAUGGUUCCGGGAAGUCCAACUUUUUCUUAGCCAUUCAAUUCGUGCUGUCGGAAGAAUUCGCCCAUUUGCGGCCUGAACAGAGGAUGGGAAUGCUGCACGAAGGCACCGGACCAAAAGUGACGGUGGCCCGAGUGGAGAUUAUUUUUGACAACUCCGAUAGGCGCAUCCCGGCGGUGGAAUCUGAUGUGGUUCGAGUGGUUCGCCAGAUUGCUCAAAAGAAGGACCAGUACUACAUCGACCAGAAACUGGUGCCACGAGCUGAGGUGGUCAAUCUUAUGGAAUCGGCCGGCUUUUCGCGCUCCAACCCUUACUACAUCGUGAAGCAAGGAAAAAUCAAUGAACUGGCGACGGCGCCUGAUCCGCAUAGAUUGAAGCUUUUGAAGGAGGUGGCUGGUACUCGUGUUUACGAUGAACGCAAGGAAGAAUCGCUAAAGAUCCUCAAAGAAACAGGUGCCAAAACGAAGAAGAUCGAAGACCUGCUUUCAUAUAUCGAGGAUCGUCUAAAGACGCUUGAAUCUGAGAAGGAGGAUUUGAAAGAAUACCAAAAAUGGGACAAGCAAAAGCGCUCUAUCGAAUACACGAUGUAUGAUGUCGAGAUCAAAGAAGCGCGCAAGAAGCUCGACCAACUUUCUGAGCAACGCGAGGAGCUGAACCAGCGACAGAAUAAGGUGCAAUCCGAUUUGAUGGAGGCGCAGGCUAGGGAAGCGAGGGCUUCCGCCGAACAGCGCAAGCUCGAUUCCAAGUUCAAAGGCCAGAAAGAGGAAAAACAAGCGCUUGCCCAAGAACAAACGGCUCUUUACGAGAAACGAACCGCCCUCGAACUGAAGAUCCGAGAUCUGAAAGAAGAUGUCGAGAAAGAGCGUUCCGGUCGCACUCGUGCCGAAGAUGAGCUCGAGCGGUUGAAGGCUGACAUCGCGGAAAAGCAAGAAGAGCUGGACGAGAUCAUCCCGGAAUACGAGAAAAUUCUCGAAACUGAGGAAGGAUUGCGUUCGGAUGUCCGUAUCGCUGAAAAUCGUUUGAACGAUCUCUUGUUGAAACAAGGGCACAAACAGCAGUUCAAGACUGCUGAAGAACGAGACAACUUCUUGAAGAAAGAAAUUAAAUUUGUCAAGACACAGCUCGGCGAUACCGAAGAACAGAUUCAGACGAUCGAGAGGAGCCUGGUGGAGGAGGCGGCUGACGAGCAACGGGUCAAUGAUGAAAUUAGGAAUAUUGGGCUCAGAGUCGAGGAAACGGCUACCGAACUCGAGCGCGCCAACAGCAACUAUGCCCGUCUGCGCAAGGAACUUGACAGGGCCGUUCAUGCGCAAAUGGAUGCGGGCAGAAAAGAACGUGAGCGUCGCGAAGAGUUUGACCAAGUUAAAACCGAAGUACAGCAGCUCGAGAACCAGCUACGCGGGUUGACGAACAAGCCGGCGCUGAAUGGGAUGGAUAGCGUGAAGCGCGUGCUACAAUGGUUCCGCGACAACAAUCAUAACGGCAAGAACGACGACGUUCUGAACGGAUAUUACGGCACAUUGAUCGACCUGGUGGACUGCGACCCGAACUACUACCAGGCGGUAGAAGUGACGGCGGCUUCGCGACUCUUCUACCACGUUGUCCAAGAUGAUCGGGUCGCGAUGAAGAUCCUCAACAGGGUUAACGCGAUGGAACUCCCUGGUCAACUCGACUUCUUUCCACUGUCGCGACUCACCUGUCCCCACAGGAGAAGCACCAACAAUCCGGAUGCCCGCCCAAUGAUCGAUUGCUUCGAAUAUGACCCUCGCUUCGAGAACGUCUUCCGCCAAGUGUUUGCUGGAACAGUGAUUGUGCGAACCAUUCAAGUCGGCCAACAAAUGGCCAAACACGAGGGCUUUGAUGCUGUCACGUUGGACGGUGACCAGAUUCACAAGCGUGGUGCGUUGACCGGAGGCUACAUCGAUCGUAAGAAGUCCAAGCUCGAAACCUUCAACGCCAUCCGCGAGAAGAAUCAAGGCUUGGAGGAGUUCUCGGGUGAGCUUGAACGAUUGGCGCGCGAAGCCGGCCAGAAACAACAAGAAGUCGAAAGGAUAAGACAAGAAAUCGAGCGCAUUGAGAUGGAACUGCAGCGUCUGAAAUCCCUGCAUCGCGAGCUGAACGAGAAGCGCAAGUUCACCAGCGAACAACUCGUAUCUGGUGCCCGCAACGUUGAACAAAAGAACAAAUCGAAGUCCCUUCGGGUGAAACUGGAAGAAGUGACGAAGAACAGAAGUGACCUCGAAUCUCGGAAAAGGAAGAUUGAAAACUUGUUGGAGACUAAUCUGAUCCGUAGGCGUGAAAAUCUCAGCUCGAAAGUCGGCGACAUUUCCGUAGAUGAAAAGCGACACAACCUGGAAAAUGACAGCUCGGAAUUGACCAGCGUCCUCACCCGGCUGAAGGAAAUUAUUCAACGGCUUGACGAACUCGAGCAAAAGCUUCGUGAAUACGAUGAGAAGUCUGAAAAGUUGACCCGCGAAUUGGACGACGUGCACGAACAACAGAAGGAUUUGGAGCAGCAACUGGAGGAGUUCUCGAAGCAGAUCGAAUCGAUAUUCACCAAGCAGAGCACACUCUACUCCAAGCGUGAAGAGAGCGUCAAGAAGAUUCGAGAUCUCGGUUCGCUCCCUACAGAAGCAUUCAGCAAGUACCAAAACCUCACUUCGAAGCAAUUGGACAAAAAGCUCUCCGAAGCGUUGAACGAGUUGAAGAAGUACGAAAACGUCAACAAAAAGGCUUUGGAUCAAUUCGUCCAAGCGUCGUCUCAGAAAGAGGAUUUGACAAAGCGCAUGGAGGAGCAACGCAAGAAUGAGACGGCUAUUGAGAAUUUGUUGGUCGUGUUGGAGAAUCGUAAAUAUGACGCUAUCCACUUCACCUUUAAGCAGGUCGCCAAGAAUUUCCGCGAUGUGUUCGCCAAAUUGGUUCCUGGCGGUCGUGGCGAUCUAGUCAUGCAGACGGCGGAUAAAAGCCAGAAUACGGAAGACAACAGCCAAGGUGACGAUGAGGCGGAGAGUAGCCGCAAGAAGAAGGCUACGGUCGAGAAUUUCACAGGGGUCGGCAUUCGGGUUGGAUUUACAGCCGAUGCGGAAACAAGGGAAAUGCAACAGCUCUCUGGCGGUCAGAAAACUCUGGUCGCCCUUGCGAUGAUCUUCGCCAUCCAAAAGUGCGACCCUGCCCCGUUCUACCUCUUCGACGAGAUCGACGCCGCCUUGGACCCGAUGCAUCGAAAAGCUGUGGCUGAUAUGAUUCACGAACUCGCUGAAAAUGCCCAAUUCAUCACCACCACCUUCCGACCAGAACUUUUGGCAUCAGCGGAGAAGUACUUCGGUGUCAUUUUCCGCAACAAGGUCUCUCAUAUUGAUUCGGUGGCCCGCGAGAAGGCGUACGAUUUCGUCGAAGAUGACCAAACACACGGA